UACAUUUUAAUUUAUGGAAUUUGAAUAAUUUUAUUAAAUAUCUUAUAGAUAGAUAGGUUUAUGUAACUGACACAAACUAUUUAAGUGUGGGAGAGCCAUGCUUCAGCACGAAUGGGCCGGCUCGACCGGAUCCCCAAUAUCCCCAAUUCCUGAGUCCCCAAUUCCUGAAUCCCCAACGAUCCUCAAACUCCUAAUCCCCAAAAUGCCGUCUCCCCAAUCCCUGAAUCCCCACCGAUUCUCAAACUCCUCAUCGCCAAAAGGCCGGUGUUCCAGGUGUCCAUGGGCGACGCCGAUUGCUUACCAUCAGGUGAUCCGUCUGCUCGUUUACCGGUUUAUGUCAUAAAAAAAAA